GACAGGUUACUGAUCAUCUUAAGGAAGUGGCCAAGGGCAUCAAUGUUAGAGUAGUUCCUAUUGUUGGGGGGAUGUCAACUGAGAAGCAGGAAAGACUUUUAAAUGCAAGGCCUGAGAUAAUUGUUGGAACUCCAGGGAGGUUAUGGGAACUUAUGUCCAAAGGAGAAAAGCAUCUUGUUGAGUUACAUUCAUUGUCUUUCUUUGUACUGGAUGAGGCAGAUCGCAUGAUUGAAAAUGGACAUUUUCGUGAAUUGCAAUCAAUAAUUGACAUGCUUCCUAUGGCCAAUGGCUCUACUGAAGGUCAAUCUCAAUAUACAGAGAAUUGUGUGACAGUCUCGAACUUGUCAAGAAAAAAACGACAAACAUUUGUCUUUUCAGCCACUAUAGCACUGUCUGCUGAUUUCCGUAAAAAGCUAAAGCGUGGUUCUCUAAAAUCAAAAGAAUCAAUGUCUGAGGGGGUGAAUUCUAUAGAAAAUCUUUCAGAACGAGCUGGAAUGAGAGCUAAUGUUGCCAUUGUUGAUCUGACAACUGCAUCGAUUUUGGCACAUAAACUUGAAGAGUCAUUUAUUGAAUGCAGGGAAGAAGAUAAAAAUGCCUACUUGUAUUAUAUUCUGAGUGUUCAUGGACAAGGACGAACAAUCAUUUUCUGUACAUCAAUUGCCGCUUUGCGCCAUAUCUCUGCCAUCUUGCGUAUUCUUGGAAUCAAUGUCUGGACAUUACAUGCCCAGAUGCAGCAGCGAGCACGGUUAAAGGCCAUUGAUCGUUUUCGUGCAAAUGAUCAUGGGAUACUUGUUGCAACUGAUGUUGCAGCAAGAGGACUUGAUAUUCCUGGUGUUCGGAGUGUCAUUCACUAUCAGCUUCCACAUUCAGCAGAAGUUUAUGUUCACAGAAGUGGAAGAACUGCCAGGGCUUCUUCAGACGGAUGUAGCAUUGCAUUGAUUUCAUCGAGGGACACUUCAAAAUUUGCCUCUUUGUGCAAAUCAUUCUCUAAGGAGAGUGUUAAGAGAUUUCCUUUAGAUAACUCGUACAUGCCAGAGGUUAUGAAACGAUUAUCUCUCGCACGUCAAAUAGACAAGAUAUUGCGGAAGGAUUCCCAGGAGAAGGCAAUGAAAAGCUGGUUUGAACGAAAUGCAGAAUCGGUGGAACUAUUGGUUGAAAAUAAUGAUAGUGAGGAGGAGAGAGUGAACAAUUAUAAGAAAAAGAAGAUUAGCUCUAUGCAAUUGAAGAAAUUGCAACAGGAACUCAAUAUGUUGAUUUCACGUCCAUUACAACCAAAGACAUUUUCGCAUCGUUAUUUGGCGGGAGUAA